GUAGGGAACACCCCUCCGCCCGCGGAGCUUCCUCUGCAGCGCAGCCUGUUGGUCCGGGCCGCGCGCGCGCGCGCGGAGCCGCCGGGGGUUCCCGCCCGCGGACACCUGGGCCCUGGCCCUGCCGCAGCCCCGCCUGGCCGCCGCGCCACCAGCCAUGCGGCAGCCGCUCUACCGCUGCUACAACAUCACCUCCGUGGAGAAGGGCUACUCGGCGACCAUGGGCGGGGUGCUUUUCAGCGCGGGCCUCCUGGGCAACCUGCUGGCGCUGGGGCUGCUGGCUCGCUCGGGGCUGGGGUCUUGCCCACGGCGCACGCCGCCUUCGGUCUUCUACGUGCUGGUGUGCGGCCUGACGGUCACAGACUUGCUGGGCAAAUGCCUCGUGAGCCCCUUCGUGCUGGCCGCCUACGCGCAGAACCGGAGCCUGUGGGGACUGGCGCCCGCGUCGGACAGCUCGCUGUGCCAAACCUUCGCCUUUUUCAUGUCUUUCUUUGGGCUCGCCUCCACGCUGCAGCUCCUGGCCAUGGCCCUGGAGUGCUGGCUCUCCCUGGGGCACCCCUUCUUCUACCGACGGCACAUCACCCUGCGCCGCGGCGCGCUGGUGGCGCCCGUCGUGGGCGCCUUCUGCCUGGCUUUCUGUGCGCUGCCCUUCGCGGGCAUCGGGAAGUUCGUGCAGUACUGCCCCGGCACCUGGUGCUUCAUCCAGAUGGUGCACGAGGAGCACUCGCCGUCGGUGCUGCGCUACUCAGUGCUCUACGCCAGCCUUAUGGCCCUGCUGGUCCUCGCAAUCGUGCUGUGCAACCUGAGCGCCAUGCGCAACCUCUACGAGAUGCACCGGCGGCUGCGGCGGCGCCCGCGCUCCGGCACCAGGGACCGCGCGGAGCCGGGCGCGGGCGAGAAGGAGGCGGCUGUGAAGCCCCUGGAAGAACUGGACCACCUGCUGUUGCUGGCCCUCAUGACAGUGCUCUUCACUCUAUGCUCCCUGCCUUUAAUAUAUCGUGCUUACUAUGGAGCAUUUAAAGUGGUCAAUGAGGAAAACGGCACCUUUGAAGAAAUGGAAGACCUCCGAGCCUUGCGUUUUCUAUCUGUAAUCUCCAUUGUGGACCCUUGGAUUUUCAUAAUUUUCAGAACACCGGUAUUUCGGAUGUUUUUUCACAAGAUUUUCAUAAGGCCUCUUAUGUACAGAAAUUGGUAUAGCAAUUCCUGCCAAACUAACAUGGAGUCCAGUCUGUGACAGUGUUUUACCAUCCAGUCUCUGGUAAGCUGAGGAAUAUGUCACAUCUCUGUCAAAGAACCAUGAUUUAAAAAAAAAAAAAUUUACAAUUUAAAAGCUAUCUCCCAUAACAAAACAUCUAAAUGUGUUUUCAGAAGUAUUUGAUAACAUCUUUAACAAUCUGUGGUCACUCUAGUCAUGAACCAGUUCAGUCGAUUUUUUCAUCUUGAGUUAUGAACAGCAGCUACAAUUUCAUGUAGUGUAAUCAACGUUAACAGUCUUCAAGCGAGGAUAUUAAUUGUUCCAACAUUUGGGCGUGGCGUCCCAAAUGUUUUAGAAUAAUGACACUUCUGGGUGUUUAUUUGGAUUCCGGUAGAAGCACCAUUGUUUACAAUUGUGUGAUGUGUGUUCUUAAAAUUUCUUAUCCUAUUCA